AUGCUCGACAAGGCAGGAAUCUUAGAGAAAUGGACAAAUUACUGGCUCGGUUGGCAGCCAAGAUACUUUUCGCUCGAAAAUGGAAUACUUUCGUACUAUCAAAGUGAGGACGAAGUCGUCAAUGGGGCCAAGUCCGCCAUUCGAAUUUCUGGUGCCGAUGUACAACUUGACCCGGUAGAUCCGAGACGCUUCGACAUCAGCAUUGGAAAUGGGCAGCGUUUUUCCGUGCGCGCUCAGAACGAGCAAGAACGCCAAUCUUGGAUCAUCGCCCUGGCGGCGACAAAGCAAAAGUCCAACGAAAUUGGUGGUCUCAAAUCCACCAUCAAGCGGAGUGACAAAAGCGAAAAGGUCACCCGCAAAUCCACAGAGCUCAAACUCUUCUGCGAUCUCCUCAAGCAGCAGACUACCGAUCUUCAAGAUUCACUCGUUAUCGACGUCGAGAAAGAUGAAAAGAUAGAUCCACAAGCGCUUAACGAAAAGACAAAAAUGCUCUCUGCCACUUGCGAUACGUUUCUGAAAACGCUCAACGAUACUAUGAAACUUUUUGAAGAUGCAAAAAACAGCAUCAGCAGUCCUCCCAUGUCGCCUAAAUCCGAGCGAAAAGGAUUUCGCAGAACACCAAGCACCACUUCUUUACCUACUGGACUCCAGAGCCCCAAUUUGCCUAGAAAAACUGAUAACUUAAAAACCCACCGUCGUACAAACAGCUCCAACGUCACUUUUACCUUCCGAGAUCGUUCUGAUUCCCCAUCGUGUUACGACACUCGUUCCUUGCACAGCUUUCAUGGUGCAAUCAGCGAGCUUGACACGCCAGAUACGUCCGAAACUGCGAGUCACAAACCUCUCGGAAGGAGGAAAACACCCGAUACGCUCAGUCUCGAUUUGAGUAAAUCGAGCAAUUGCAUUCAAGUCAGCGAGGAUUCGAUGACUCCUGAGUUCGAAUCUCCAAAUGAAGAUUUCAACCCUCCAGCUAUUGAAUCGAAAGAAUCAGUCAGUGUCAACGACUUACCUGUUGAAACUCCUGUCGUGGAGACUGAAAUCAAGGAAGAGAGCGAAGAGAAAGUUGAAGAAUCGUUGGUCGUGGAAAAGAUGUUUUUCAACGAGAUCGAACAUUCCUUCGCCAAAAUCUCGAUGAUUCAUAGAAACGAGGAGCUCGAAGUUCCUGUUGAUCAUUUUCUCUCAGCUGCAGGUGACUUGCUUCCAAUUCUCGAUAAGCUGGGUUCAAAAGCCUUUGCUCCGGUAAAAAUGGACAUCAAUGGUAACAUCACCAAAAUCCGGAAAAAGUGCGACUCCGAAGCAAACAGCUUCGAAACACUCCAGGACAUAAUCAGAAGCGAGCUAUCGACAGGAACGACGAAAGUGUCAAACUCGGCUACAGAUGCAAUCAUGUGGCUGAAACGAGCGCUUUCGUUCGUCGCGCAUUUCCUCGAAAACAUUGUCAAUGGAGAGAAAAAUCUUACUACGGCGCUGCAAAAAGCAUAUUCUGUAACCUUAUCAAAUCAUCACAGCUGGGUCGUGAAAGGUGUCUUCGCUCUUGCUGUCAAAGCUGCCCCAGAUUACAAAGACUUUAUUAGGGCUCUCUCUUCUGAUACCGCAGAUCUGGAAUGUGCGACUUUUCAGAAGACGCUCCACGCGGCCCUGUCAGAAUAUACUUCCGCUCUGCAAAAACAGCUUUCAAAUCUGCAUUCAUUUUAUUUAUCUAAUAACCUAGAAUCUAAUAAACUUGUGUAA